AUGGCGUCCAACAUGCUACCCUUCCGGCCCCUGAUGAAACCAGCCACGACCUUCGCCCACGACCAGAAAUCUCCCAAGUGGUGGGCUCCACUUUUCGGCUUCUCAUCUGAACCGGACUACAUGAACCCGGUCCCGGACGGCAAGAAGGGGGCUGAGUCAGAGUGGAAGCCAGCAGCAAAAACCCGGUUGGCUCCCGGGUGUUUCACGGAGGAGAAAGCCAGGCAGUUCCGGAAGAUGACUUGCGAUGCGUCGUCGUUUCAUGAGACCAUGUACCACUCUGCCAUAGCUUCCAGGCUAGCUUCAGACUUCUCCGAUCGCUCUGCCGCCGCCUGAUUCAUUUCCUUUUUCCUACUUUCUACAAUCAUCAUCAUCGUAAUAAUUACUCCAAUAUAGAAAAAUGGCAGUGAUGUAAUCCCAUGACGGAAUGUAAUUUUCUCUUUUUCUUUUCUACAAUUUUAAAUUUAUAUAUAGGUCUAAUUCUAGAGUCGCAAAUCAAUGUGUAUGUAUGGUGUAGGCUUACGUAAAUGAAAUUUGGAAUAUUAGAUCAUUA